CCUAAAGUGAAUUGGUAUGAUUAAAUUAUUCCAUGAUGAUCAUGCAGUCUUCAUAUAUGUACAUGUAUCUGUAUAGACACUAUAUAGUAUUCUGCACUAUAAAAGUUAUUUUUUAGUUAAUUUAUUAUUAUAUGAUUUCAUUCAAUGCAAAGUACCUGUAAAUAUGGCUUGUACUAAAUGAUGAUUAGGAAACAUGUCUUUAGCUCAAUCUUGUUAUUCAUCAUCUACAUCACCUAUCAUUUAUAUAGAUUGAAGGGUCAUCAGAAAAAAUUAACUGCCACUGGCAUUACUUGCAUCAAUCUGUCACUCAUGCAUGGAAAAUCAAUAAACUUACAAAUGUGUGAUCUAGCCAUUACAUGACCGAAUGAAUAAAGCCUCUCAACUUACUUCUAAUAACUACUUUACUAACUUAAAUUUUUUUUUUUUAUUGUGUACCUUUCAGAUACUUUUUGGCAUAUAUCAUACAUGAUAAAGAUUCAUACAAAUUGUAUUGUAAAACAAAUUAUUCAAUAUCUGUGUGUAACUGUUAUAUAUUUUGUUAAUACUGUAUUGAUUUAUACAAAUGAAGAUUCAGCAUAUUAUUGAUGUCAUUCACAGCUGUUUCCUUACACACAGAUGUCACCCUCUCCUCUCAAUACAAGAAUACCAAUCAAUCAAUACACACUUCGUAUGUACACACUGAGAUGGACACAGAUGUACAAAAAUUCUUUAACCAAUUUAAUUUAUUACUGAUCCAGCUACUAGUAUUUCACUCUUGUCAUUUGUGCUUGUGUGAAUCAAGUCCUAUUACCUGAUUAUUUCAAAUCAACUAUUUCAAUAUUUUUUUCUUUUAAUUAGAUGGAAAAUUUUUUAAUUGGGAUCAAAACGACAAAAUGCUACUUAAUGGUCUAUUACAACUGUAAACAACUUAUAGAUAAAGAUGUGCAUACUGGUAAUUGAUUCUACUGGUACCGUAUUUCAUUUCUCUAACUCAAACUAUGAAAAAGCUCCGAAAUGAACAACAUCCAAAUAAGCACUCAAUCUAAUUUGGUGCUAAAAGUAAAAUCCCAAUAUACUGGGGCAGUAAUCAAUCUAAUGAAAGAGUCCCUACCGAGUCUAUACCCUACAGAACAUUAAAACACAUGCGAGGCUCAUACAUCAAUAUGAGUCCCUCCCCACCCCUACUCCCGUCUCAGCUAUUGAUUGAGGGUGAUUAUGAAGUUUGAUUAAAACAACAUCUGGUCCCUCACAGUACUUGACAGGAUCCUGUAUGACAUGGCCACUACUAUCUGACACGUGCACAUGAUGUACAUGUACUAGGUGUAGUACGUCUUCCUAGGUCCUGGAGAGAUUCAGUGCCGUUACUAUAUAUGGAGAAACAUGGAGCGUGUUCCUUGUUUAAGGAUAUAGUGCAUGUCAUGUUGUCUUACGAUGGAUGCAACAGAGGUAUAUAAAGAUUAAGGAGUUUCACUGUGUCAAACUAUGGAGAGGAAACUGAAGAGGAAGAUGCAUGGAAUAAAAGCAUAUUGAAAAUACAUGUAAAAUUACUAGUGAUUGGCAUUAGUUACCAAACAAGAAACAGUUUCUAUUACUGGUACUGGGACAUAUAUCACCUUUUUAAUCUGAGCCAGUUUUUAUACUGAACUGUACACAACAUUGAUGUGAGAAAAUACUGGAGACAUUACCAAAAUAAAAUUUCAAACAGCCAAAGAAGAAGGCAUUAACGUGAAAUAAAAGUUGAACAGCUAUGGAGUCGCCUUUGACCUCUGAACUGCUACAGUGUGCUAUCUGCCUGGGGGAGCUGGAGGAUGCCUUUGCCCUCCCCUGCCUUCACUCCUUCUGUUCCCAGUGUUUACAAGGCCACAUCUCCGUGUCCCAGAAAAAGGUCUCCAAAACACUGAAGCUGAAGAGGUUUCCCUGUCCAACCUGCAGAGUAUGGAUUAACUCCCCUGGUAGUGGGGUCUUGGACUUUACUAAAGAUUUUAGGGUCGUCAAAUUGAAAGAUGCUUUAAAAGAAUGGAAGAAAAAAGGCAGCAGUGAAAAAAUCCUGACUUGUGGGCUAUGUGAGAAAGACUUUAGUAAUCCCUUGGACCAUUAUUGUGCCGACUGUCAAAAGUACCUGUGUUCCACGUGUUGCACAUACCACAACUCUCAUUCAGUUUUAUCAAAUCACAUCAUGUUCCCUGUUCCAUCUGGACAAGGAGAAAAUGAAAGCAUAAAGUGUUCAGUGCAUUUGGAUGAACAAAUGAAAUAUCACUGUGAAACUUGCAGCUUGGGAAUUUGUGUGAAAUGCAUCAUGGACGAGCAUGGAAAUCACAAAGUCAUCAAUUAUCAAUAUGGCAACAAUCCUCAAAAGGUUGAAAUGAGAAACAGUAUGUCUCAACUUCAAACCCAGCUUUCCCUCUUAAAUGAAGUCAUGUUUAAUUUGACCAGCAUUGAGGGUCACAUUAGAAGUCAGCAUGAACAGACAAAACUUCAAAUUAGGAAACAUUCCAACAAGAUGAUAAAUCAUGUCUACCAAGAACAGAACAGAUUGCUGAAAGAAACAGACGUUGACUACCAACAAAAAUAUGAUGACCUCAGUAGAAGAAAAGAAAAUUGUAAGGGAUUUAUACAUCAUUUAACAAAUCUACAAUCUAAACUAGAAUCUCUUCUCAGAGUCCCAGAUAUCAACACAGUUUUAGAUAAUUUCCAGUCCCUAUUGAAAGAUACCCAAGAUACUGAAACGGUGGAAAUUUACACUCAAGAAUUAGUCGACAUUCCAAAAUGUGCUCAAUAUAUGUCUAGCAAUGUAGGAAAACUUGGUCACAUAAUAUAUGGAGAUCAAACAACCUUCAAACCAACAUGUACAGACCUCCAUAAGAGGCACAGUCAUUCAGAUGAAAUAUCUGGUAGGAUUUAUGAAUACAGAGUCAAGGGGAGACAAGAUAUGAAACUUUUCCAUGGAAGGACAAGUCCCAUAGCGAAUCACCCAGUGGACCACAAGCCUAGCUACCCAGUGGCAAAACUACUGUGUCACAUUGGAGGAAAGGGAACAAAACAGUAUCAACUAAGUCUUCCAUAUGGAAUAACAUUUUCAGCAGAUGAAAAGCUAGUAGUUGCAGAAAAUGGCAAUGGAAGAAUUCAAAUGUAUACCAAAGAAGGAGUUUUUCUCAAAAUGGUACCCCUUCCAAGAUGUUGUCCACGAUCGUUAAGCUUACUUAAGAACCAGAAAGUGGUUUUCACUGACGAAAAUGAAAAGUGUCUGAAAAUAAUUAAUUUAGAAACCUUUGAGAUAUCUUCCAUUACCAAUCGAUACACUGAAAGAACUGUGUCAUUUCCUUUCGGAGUUGCUUCCCUUUGUGAUGGGAGAUUUGUUAUCUCAGACAUGAUUUAUGAAACUGUCACACUAACUUCUUCUACUGGUGUUAUAGAGAAACAAUUAGGAGAGGAGGACCCUAGCAAUGUGUAUGACAACCCCUCGUACCUUGCUACGGAUUCUGAAGACAACAUCUUUGUAUCCGACUCAGGAAACCAUAAAAUCAAAGUGUACAACAAAUAUGGAAUGUUUCUCUUCCAGUUUGGCAAUGAUGGAGUCAAAGAAGGACAACUGAGAUAUCCGAAAGGAAUAGCUGUGGAUAAUAAUGGGCUAAUUUAUGUAGCAGAUGCUGGAAACGACAGAGUCGUAGUCUUCUCCAGGCUUGGAUUCUUUCUGUCAGUCUUGGUGGAUAGGAAGUAUGGGAUUGAAAGACCGACGGGCCUGGCCUAUAGUCCCACUGGACUCCUUGCUGUCUCCAUGCCAGACAAACAUGAAAUAUUUGUGUAUCAGCUUGACAAUUCAAUUCCAAGUCAAUUUUAGUCUUGAAUAUGUUCUUGACACAUAUUAUAAUGUUGGCCACACAUUUUCAUACGUCUUCCCAGCUGUUGAACAUUGAUUUAUGUUAAUUUUGGACUUCU